AUAGGAACGUACAAUGCGGCGCCUUGUUUCCUUUAGGAAGCAAUUUCCAGGCGGACGCGGCGGCGUUUCCAACAUGGACGCCAGCAUGGGCUUGUGUUUCGAGGAUUCGGAUUUUGCGGAACCGAGAUCCCGCCUGAAGGGAACAGAAGAAGCGUAUGUUGCCAAGCGGUGUGAGCAGCAGUGGUUUACGGAAGAAGUGAAUAGUGAAGAUUCCGUUGAGAUUCUCACCGUGCUGAAGUUCAGAGCAGAUUUGGCCUACAAGCUGAAAGACUUUGAGAAAGCUUUUGGGCAUUACUGCAGUUGUUUCCUGCUGUUACCACCUACCAACACUGCGAUGAGAAGAGAUGUCCAGGAAAGCCAGGCACGCUGUUUAGUUAACAUGGGACGAUAUACAGAAGCUUUGGAGAUAGCUGAGACUCUGAUGAAUGGCGUAUUUAACACUGAUCACUUGACGUGUACCCUCAAUCUACAAGUCACCAUAUUGGAUCAUCUGGGGAACCUACCAAAAGCCAUCUCCUGUUUGCAGCAGCUGAUCUCUUUACACCCAUUUAAUCCAUGGAUUUGGAAGAGACUGGCUGAAUUCUAUGCAAGGGCCCAUCUAGCUGCCUCCAAUCAGGCGACAGGAUCAGUGGAGAGAAACCAAUCCGAUUUGCAUCUAGAAAGUAUACUGACCAAUAAUGCCACGUCGGGGGAGGGAAAGGAACGAGGAAGGCAAAGGGACUUAAAUCUGUUUUUCAGAAGUAAAGAAAUCUCUCACUGCUGUAGCCAGGCAGGAAGAGGCAUAAAUAGAACUGAUAUGGAUUUUUGCAGGCUUUCCUUGUUGGAAGUUGGCACCAAAACUGAUCUGUUGAUGUGCUCGUGUGCGUCUUUCAUCCGAGCAAGGCUUCUCUUCCAGCUUGUGCAGCCUCAGCAGGCCUCCUUUGUGCUGGAUCGGAAUCUAAAGGCCCAAGAAGAAAUCAAAGAGCAGCUGAGAGUUUUCAGGCUGAAGGACACAAUGGAAAGUCUAAUGGCAGAGGUGAUGGGAGAAGAUCUAUUGCCAGAAUAUAUAAGAGACGAAGGGGUCGCCGACACAAAAAGCACUCUGGCGCUGUCAGCAUUCAAAAUGCCCUCGGAUUCUGAGUUUAAAGACAAGUGGUUCCAGAAAAUUCUCUCACUGCACUCUUGCUAGAGGCCUACUAAUGGGCUCGUAAUGCAAGGGGAAUUUAUAAGCAGCUGUUGCUCGAGGGGAAUUUUAGGCUGAUCACCAUCAAAGUGCAGUUGGUGGGACAGACACCUAAAGGCAGCUUUAGUUCCCACUGGACUUUGCGCAAUUUAUAACCAGGGCCGCGUUUGCCAUUUGCCACCACCACGAAAACUUCCUGGCCAAAUCCAGUGAUGGAGGAGGAGGUAUCUGGUUGAUCCACAUGGACGAAAAUGGCGUAAUACGUACUAGCAAGUACCUGUGGACCUAAAUACAGUGCUGUAAAUGAUUUUGUGUAAAUAUGAAUUGUGUUAUUGUUCAGUGUCAUUAAAUUUACAUUUUUUUUU